AUGGUCACAUCCUCGGCAUCGCCAACGGGUUGGACAACGCCGGCCGAUUAUAAGAGCGCCACUGCUGCGGUCAUGUGCGAGGUCAUACCCUCGAGUAGCGCCAGUGUGGGCAGCAACUCGCCAACAGGUGGUGCCAGCAACGGGACUGCGAACAGCGGCCACAGCAAUCACGGUGGCAACCAUAAUGGCAGCAACAACAGCAGCACCAACGCCAAUCACAACACCAGCAGCGGCAACACUAACAACAACAACAACAACGCCGUACAUCAGGAUCUGUUGUGGAUGGAACGUUUCGUGCUGGAACGCCAACAAGAAUAUCCCGGAGAAUUGGUCCGGACGAGCAAUCCGUACUUUCUGUGCUCAGCCCUCCCCAACCACUGGCGCUCGAACAAAACCCUGCCGUUGGCCUUCAAGGUCGUGGCUCUGGCCGACGUCGGCGACGGCACGUAUGUGACGAUACGGGCCGGAAACGAUGAGAACUGUUGUGCCGAACUCCGUAAUUGCACGGCCCAAAUGAAGAACGGAGUGGCCAAGUUCAAUGAUCUCCGCUUUGUGGGUCGCAGUGGACGUGGGAAAAGCUUUACCCUCACAAUUACCGUUGCAACGAGUCCACCACAGGUGGCUACCUACGCCAAAGCCAUUAAAGUGACCGUCGAUGGGCCACGGGAACCGCGCUCCAAGACAAAAACGGAUCUGAUAGGCGCGGCUGAAUGGACGGGUUCUGCUGCCGCGUCGGGUGCCACCUACUCGGUGGGCGUGGGGGUGGGCACAUCGCUGCCCUACCACGCCCACGCGCACGGCCACCACGGACACACGCAUCAUGGGGUACAUCAUCAUACCGCCCAUCACUUGCAGCACCAUCCCAGCGCCACUGCGGUGGCUCUGCCGCCUCCACCGCCGCCGCCUGCUGCAGCACCCGUCCCCAAUGCUGCUGCCGCUGCCAUGAAUCCUUAUGGCAGUGCGAUGGGGGCUUAUGACACCACCACCUUGAGCGCCGCCGCCGAUAACUACCACUUGCCCACAGUACUGCCCGAUAUGCAUGGCUUCUGCGCCACCGCACCCACGGAUCCGUAUCAGACGGCAGCCGCUGCCAGUGGCUAUGGUGGUGGUGGUAAGACGGAUCUGGAUACGUUAAAUGCUGGCUAUGGAACGGCCACGGCCUACAACAAUGCCUGGUCGAAUGGCUACAAUAACUAUCAGUAUGGCAGUUGCUCGGCGACAGCGCAAUAUGGUGGUGCACAUGCGGUGGCACCACCGCCACCACCACCGGUGGUGCUGUACCCUCAGCUCUAUUCGACAGUCAAUCAGAAUCAGAUCCAUCUGCAUCUGCACAGCAGCGAGAAGUUGGAGCAGUAUCUGGGAUCGGCGGAUCAGCAGCUGACCAUCAGCUCAUUGGCCGGAAGCCGCUCCGGCAUUGAGAUUGGACUGGGUGCCACCGAGCAGGAGCAGGCACCAGCGGUUGUCGAUCCGGCGGAGAAAUUAAGCCAUUUUAGAGAUAAUACGCACAAUUUCGGAUCGUAA